AUGCAAACCCGUUCUUCCUUCUCACCCCCUCACCGUUCCCCUUUUCUCCAUCCCAUCCCCCUACCCAUCCCCUUACCCAUCCCCCUACCCAUCCCCCUACCCAUCCCCUACCCAUCCCCUUACCCAUCCCCCUACCCAUCCCCCUACGCAUCCCCCUACCCAUCCCCUUACCCAUCCCCCUACCCAUCCCCUUACCCAUCCCCCUACCCAUCCCCUACCCAUCCCCCUACCCAUCCCCCUACCCAUCCCCUACCCAUCCCCUUACCCAUCCCCCUACCCAUCCCCCUACGCAUCCCCCUACCCAUCCCCUUACCCAUCCCCCUACCCAUCCCCUUACCCAUCCCCCUACCCAUCCCCCUACCCAUCCCCCUACCCAUCCCCUUACCCAUCCCCCUACCCAUCCCCUUGCCCAUCCCCUUACCCAUCCCCCUACCCAUCCCCCUACCCAUCCCCUUACCCAUCCCCCUACCCAUCCCCUUACCCAUCCCCCUAAACCCCAUGCCUCCCCCUGGGUUCCCCAUUACUCCACCCCGCCAACAUGCUGCCAGACGUGUUGAGAGAGCAGCUAGAGGGCAUGCAGCGAGGCGUGUGCUUUGGGUGGUGGUCGGGCGAAUGGGUUUACCAGUCCCUUUCUCAUCGUGCUCUCCUUCCCCUUGCUUUCAUGGCCUGCUUCCCUGCAAUUCCCCACCAGCCAACAUGCUACCAGACGUGCUGAGGGAGCAGCUAGAGGGCAUGGAGCGAGGCGUGUACUUUGGAUGGGCUCGGCUGCCGCAUCUGGAGGGUGAAGGGACAAGAAACAGGGGAGUGGGGGAAGAGGGAGAGGAGGGCGAGGGAGGGCCUCGGGUGUUCAAGAUGGUGCUGAACGUCGGCAGGCGACCCACGUUUGUUGACGGAGAUGACGUCACCGUGGAGGUGCACAUUCUAUCCUCGUUUGAGGAUGAUUUCUAUGGCGAGGAGCUGCAGGUGGUUGUGCUGGGCUACAUCCGCCCAGAAAGAAAAUUCUCCUCACUGGAUGACCUAGUAUCGCAGAUCAAAUCAGACAUUGCAGUUGCCACCGAACAGUUGGAUACAGUGGUGUUUGCACCGUAUGCAAGAGACCCCUUUUUUGUCUAG